CUCGCUUCUUCUCUCGCUCGGCAAGUGUAUCUUUCUCACUCUUUAACCAAUCAGCAACCUCAAUACGCCGGCUAUCUCUGUCAGCUGGUCGCGUUUUCUCCGGUGCUCUGUGUGGCGUUUCGUUCGCUCGCGACCGGCUCAAUCAAUGCUUUUUUUCUGUGCCGGAGUACUGUUUUUAUUAUAAUUUAGUUAUAUUAGUCUAGUCAAAUAAAUCAGAAAAGUGCUCCGAAUAAAACUACAGAUAAAGUAUUGAAAUGGCGAGUGGAAAUAAUGAUAUCAGCGACAUCGUCAAGAAAUGCCGAGUUCUUUUGUUGGAUAUUGAAGGAACCACAACAUCGAUCAGCUUUGUUAAGGACAAGCUCUUUCCGUACGCAGAAGAAAAUGUAAAAGAUUUUCUUACCAACCAAUGGGAGUCUGAAGACGUGAAGGAGGCGGUGACAGCGCUCAGGAAACUGGCGCUGGAAGACAAGGAGAAUAGCGUGGAUGGAGUGAUUGCUAUUCCAGGAGAGGAUGCCUCUAAGGAAGAUCAGAUUGAGGGUCUAGUGAAGAGUGUGAAAUGGCAGAUGUCUUCCGACCGUAAAGCCGGUCCGCUGAAGCAGUUGCAAGGCCUUAUCUGGAAACAGGGGUAUGACAAGGGAGACAUCAAGGGACAUGUGUACGAUGAUGUGUCUCCCGCGCUGGACUUAUGGCGCUCGGUGGAAGGCCAAAAGAUCUACAUCUACUCGUCUGGAUCAGUCCAGGCACAGAAACUUCUCUUCGGCCAGUCCCAGUCUGGAGACAUGUUGAAGUAUAUCGACGGACAUUUUGACACCGCCGUCGGUGCCAAACAAGAGACUUCUAGCUACUCCGCCAUUGCUGAGAAAAUCGGUUGCAAGCCAGAAGAAAUUCUCUUCUUAACCGACAUUGUGAAAGAGGCGGAGGCCGCGCGUGCGUGUGGCAUGCACUGCGCGCUGGUGAGUCGCGAAGGCAAUGCGGCGCUUCCACCUGAGGCUGUGGCGGCCUUCCCAGUGCUGUACAGCCUGGCCACUCUCGCCAACCCCAACAAGCGCAAGCCCGACGCCCAGGAUGAACAACCUGCGAAAGUUCUGAAAACCGAUAUGGAUGCAGAUGUUAAAACACCUUCUGAAACAGAAGUUACUGCUGAAUCAAAAGAGCCAACUGAAGCCGUGGCGCCUGUUGAAGUGAAACCAUCGACAGAACCUGAAGUAUCCACUGAAGAGAAAACACCUGGAAGUGACACGUCGGCUAAACCAGAAUCUGUGCCAGUAAAUGGGAAUUCCGAUAACACCGUCGCCGAACCAGAGGCACCAAAAGCAGCUGAUGUACCAGAAAAAAUGGACGUCGAAAUGGAAGUUGAUGAACCUGCUGCCGCUACGCAGGACAAAGCGUGUCAAGCAAGUGAAAAAGUUGUAACCACUGUCGAAGAAAUUACAGAUGCAAAUGAAAUAGAAGCAACCCCUGUUUGCGACAUUGAACCCAUCAUUGAGGAGAGUAGUGAAAAGACUGAAAACACAGAGACUGACAAAAUGGAGACAGAGUCUUCAGAAGCUGUUCCUGAGACAAAAGAAAAUGAAGUUGAACGACUUAAAAAUGGCGAUAAGGAUGCUCCUAUUGCAGAAGAAACUCCUCCAGCUUCUGUUAUUACAGAAAUCAAAGAUGUCACCAAUGACAAAGAGGAGUUGAACGAAGUUACAGAAAUGAUUGAAGACAUCGAACCCGUUGUCGAGGAACCUCCGGCUACCCAAGACAUGGAAGAUCUACAGAAUGUUGGUGAAGUAUUGGAGAAAGAAUGCGACGAAAUAUUAUCGAAGGUACAGGAUGUAACUAAUUUAGAUAACAUACCAAUUAAACCAUUACUAAACACAAUUGCGGAAGAAACGAUGGAGACUGAAAACACGGAUUCAAAUGAUAUAGUUGAGAGAAUAUUGGACUCUGAAAUGGAAAUGGAAACAAAGAAAACUGCAGAGGAUACCACCAACACUUCAGAAAAGUCUGCAGAAACUAAAGUUGAACCAGAAGCUGCAACUGAUAAAAAUGAUAAGCAAGAAACAAAAACAGAAGAUAAAAGCACGAUAACUGAAAUGUCAGAGGAUAAACCAACAGCAGUAGUAGCCGAAGUUAAAAAAGCAACCGAAGAAAAUGUAGAUAGUAGUAGUCCUAAGGCUACAGAAACAGAAGAAGCUACUAUGGUGACAGAAGAAAAAGAAAAGAAAUCAGUAGUAGAUAAAGUGGAAAACAAUGUCGAAGAGAAUAGUAGCACGCCUAAAAUCGAAACAGAAGAAAGCAAAUCUGUAGUAGCAGAAGUUGAGGCUAAAACAGAAGUAGCUGAAACAAAGGUAGACACAGAAGAAAAGAAAGUGGAUGAUAAUAAAGAAGAGCCAGAAAAAAUAGAGACACCCACAGAACAAACUAAAGUUGAAACAGAGACCCCGGUGGAGCCUAAGGAAUCUGAGAAAGUGAAUGAGGAGGCCAAGCCUGAAAGUGAACCAAAAGAACAAACCGAAGCGCAAGUAAACGGCAAAGCUACCAAUGGGGAUGCUGCAGUCGCAAAUCAGAAUGGUGAUGCCAGCAAAGAGGCUGAAUUAAGUGCUCGGCUGUCAAUGGAAAACGGAAAAGAAGUGAAUGGUGCAAAUGGCGACUCCGUGAAGGAGGAGGAAGAGGAGCCUAAAACUGAAAAGAGUGCCGAAGUAGACGUAGCUGAAAUCAAAGUAAAGAACGUCGCCGUCGAUGAGACGCGUAAUGACCCGAUAGAGCAGCCCACGGAAGCAUAAGAUUGUAUGAGUCGGAAGAGUGGAACUGCAGGGCGUCGUAGCGUUGUUGGUUCACAUCAGAAGAUUGACAAGACUGAGGUUGCUUCCACGCUAAAUGACAUCACUUCCUAGUUUAUACGUGUAUUGAAAUUUCACCGUGUACCGCGCCGUGGCGGACAGUGUGCAGCUCAUGCCGGAUAGUGUACGUCACUAGCACUAACGUAAUUAAGUGGAGUACGUACCCACGACUUGUCAGGAGAAUUUACUUGACAUAUUACCUUAAAUUGUACUUAGGUGACUCAGUAUCAAUAGAUUUAUCUGAUGCCCCAAGGUUCAUUACUUAAUUACGCUACAUUAUUGAACUUGACAAGUCUAAUGUGUAUAUUUUUAUUGCUGUACCAUUAGCAUUGCAUCUUACUGUACCAGAUCUGCAAGUUUAACAGCAAUAUUGAGUUUGCUUUAGCAAG